AGUCUCGGCGCCGCGUCAAGAAAACGUCCCGUUCGUUCGCUUCGUUCGCGCGUUUAUCUCGACGACGUUCGUUCAGUGAGCGCUUUCACAAUCUCGGCAUUAACAUUUCGUGCGCUGUACAAAACACGUUACUCUGAAAGAAGAGCAACCACACAGACACGCAAAGGGGUCCUACACCCACCCACCCACCACGUGACGAUAUUCACCCCUAGAACAGCAUCCAAAAGACUCACCCAGCAAACAUGGACAUCCUCAAACCCCUCACCACCCGCCUAACCGCGCACCCCAAACUCCUCAUCUCCGCGCUCUCCAUCGCCGCCCCCAUCGCCUACCUAAGCUACCUCCACCACACCCUCUCCAAAACCACCACCCACGUCCGCAGCUCUGGGCCGCUGACCCGGGAAGCCGUCGCGGAUAUCUCCUCCGUCCCCGCGUCGGUGCUGGGGGGUGGUUACAAGAUGGUCCGCGAUAAGGCGUGGAAGCGCGUUCCCAAGACGGAGAUGCCAGACAAGGGGGGGGAGGAGAUGGUGAAAUUGUAUUUGAGAGAGACGAUGGGGUUGUUUGCGAGGAGGUUUCCCCAGGCUUAUUUGUUGAGGGUUGUUGCUCCUGGGGGCGCUAGGACGUUCGAUAAGGAAUAUAUUGGGGGUUGUGUGUUUGGGGUUGGGGAGGUGGUGGCGGGGGUUUAUAAGGUUGCGAGGAGGGAGGGGAGUGAGAAGAGUGGGGUGGUGGAGUUUGAGAUGGUGAUGGGUAAGGAGAAGAGGGAGGGCGCGCCGGAGGGGAGGUUGGUGGUUGGGGGGAGAGAAGUGGAAGGGGAGUGGGAGUGGUGGAGUGAGACGGUUAUGUGGGUUGAGGAGGGGGGGGCGAUGCCGUUGGAGAAGAGGGGGGUGAGGUGGUUGCAUGAGGUUGCGGCGUGGUGGUUGUUGGGGAGGGGGGUGGGGUAUUUGAAGGGGUUGAAGAGGGCUGAGGGGAAGGGGGAGUAG